AUAAGAAAAAGAAGAAGAAGUGGGGAAGGUGAAGAAGAAAAGAAAAAGUAAAUAAAAGUUGUUUUUCUUUUCGAGAUCGAGAGAGGCUGAAUUAUCUCGUGACCUUCAAAGUUUAUUUUUCCGUGAGACGAGAGGAAUCACACAUCUAAACAGUUCUAAAAGGAGAGGACUAUCGAGAAAUAUCGCUCAGUAUUUAUCCUCCUCUGUCGCGUGCAAGAUACACCAGUGCCUUCCUAUAGUCUCCUCAUAUAUAUACAUACAUAUAUAUAUUAUUUUCUUUUGUAAAACGCGUGUAUCAUCGCGUUUAUUACGAACGGUGAAUUUUUUUCCUUGUUGGUGAGGAUCCUCGAUAAAGGGGACCAUUUUGAGUGAGAUCCAAAUUAAAGAAGGAAGAAAAAAAAGAUAAAGAAGGAGGAAACCUUUGACGAUACAACCAAUCAUCCCUUGAAGACAAAAAGAAAAGGCUAAUUUUUUUCGUGUUCGCAAGGAUUCCUAUUGUGGUUUCUCUCUAUUUCUUUUACUCACUCACACUCACAUACAUAUUCUUUCUCUUUCUCUUUCUUGCUCUUUUUCUCGCUCUCUUUCUCUUUCUCUCGCGAAAGCAGAUCACAGGAACAACAACUAUGUCUUCGUCCUCGAGGAUCUUCCCGCCGAUUCUCGUCGCAACCCUCGUUCUCUGCGUUGGUGUCGCGCAGGGUAUCAGAUGUUACAAAUGUGGACAAUACAACGAGGGAGUGGGAAGUAUCACGCCUUGCAUUAAUUUUACCGCUCAUAUGGAUUUGAAGGAUUGUCCACCGAAUUCCGAAUGGUGCAUCAAAUACGUAAGCGAAGGUUCGACGGUACGAGAUUGCGUCGAAACGUGCACGGAAAAAGAGGCUUGGAGUACGAGAACGUAUUGCUGUCAACAAGACGGUUGCAAUUCGGGUCCAUCGUUGACGUCUAACAGCAAUGGAUACGUUUUUGUAUUAACAUUAACGAUGCUCGUUCUUAUUCUUGAACGCAGUCUUCGUGGCUAAUACGUCCUUAAGAAGGACGUAGUAAAGAAGUCGUUUUACGCGGCUGCUGUACCAGGAUCGUCGGCUACGGCCAAUUUCCAAAACGCGACCAUCCUCCUCCUUCCUUCGAUGAGAGGAACAACAACAACAAAAAUAAUAAUAACAACAACAAUAACAACGAUAUCAGCAACAACAAUAAUCACAAAAAACACGAGAAUCGUUACGGUUUGCCCUUACUACGUUA